ACGAAACCUUACAACUACUAUUAUUUACUGACACUUCCGCAUUACUCACCGACGCUCUUUAUUGACCAAGCUUGCUGGCUGAACCUGGGAUUAAAGAUUUGUUUUCAGGUGUUGUUGUUAAACUACAGCUAUUAAAGUGAGAUGCAGGGCUUAAGAAAUGUGUUCCGGUGCGCCUGGUCCUCUACUGAGAGGCUGGAUGGAAAAACUGUGGUCAUCACUGGUGCCAACACGGGGAUUGGCAAAGAGACAGCCAUAGACCUGGCGAAGAGAGGGGCAAAGGUCAUCAUGGCAUGCCGGGAUGCAGAGAGAGGGCAGGCGGCUGUGAAGGAAGUCGUCGAGGGCUCAGGGAACCAAAAUAUUGUUUUCAUGAAACUGGACUUGGCAGACUCCAAGUCCAUCAGAGAGUUUGCUGAAGCCAUCAACAAAGACGAGCCAAAGCUGGACAUCCUCAUCAACAACGCUGGUGUGAUGGUCUGUCCUUAUGGGAAGACGGCAGAUGGAUUUGAGAUGCAGAUCGGGGUCAAUCAUCUGGGUCACUUCUUGUUGACAUAUCUGCUGCUUGACCUGAUCAAGAAGUCAGCACCAGCCAGGAUCAUCACUGUUUCCUCCUUGGCUCACAGCUGGGGCUCCAUGAAACUCGAUGACCUCAACAGCGAGAAGAAAUACGACAAGAACGCUGCGUACUCUCAGAGCAAGCUCGCCAACGUCCUCUUCAGCCACUCCCUGUCCAAGCGACUAGAAGGCACAGGUGUCACGACAUAUUCCCUCCAUCCCGGAGUCGUCAAGACGGAUUUAUGGCGUCAUCUGAACGGCCCUCAGCAGGUUCUCAUGAAGAUGGCCAGUCCUUUCACCAAAAACUCCUCCCAGGGUGCUCAGACGUCCAUCUACUGUGCGGUGGAGCCAUCACUGGAGAAAGAGAGCGGUGGAUACUACAGCGACUGCGCUCCUGCUAAAUGCUCAUCAGAGGGCAAAGACGACGUCGUGGCACAGAAGUUGUGGGAGUUGAGCUGCCAGCUGCUGUCGAUAACUUGGGAGUGAGGCGGCCUGCAUGAAAUACACAAUGCUUCAC